GACAGGACAGACAAGAGGGACGUUCAGAAUCUAAGCUAAAACCUUAGAAAGAGUGGCAAAUGAAAAUGGCGACGAGAGAGAGAGAGAGGGAGAGAGAUCGAGAGCUUCUGAUUCCCGUAGCAGGAAGCAUUUCAGAGGAUGGAGGCUCGGAAUCAUUGUCGGAAUCACCAUCUCCUUCUGUUUCUUCGUCUCAUCAUCUCACCGGAAGAGAGGCCUUUUAUAAAGUCUUCCGUAGCUGGGCUUCAAAAAAGUUUGUGACAGGAUGUGUCAUACUUCUUCCCAUAGCCAUCACUUUCUACAUCACUUGGUGGUUCGUUCACUUUGUAGAUGGAUUCUUCUCCCCAAUCUACACUCAUCUGGGGAUCAAUAUAUUUGGUCUUGGAUUCAUCACUUCGAUCACUUUCAUCUUCUUAGUUGGUCUGUUCAUGUCCUCAUGGUUGGGUGCUUCUGUUCUUGGUUUGGGUGAAUGGUUCAUUAAGAAAAUGCCACUUGUAAGUUACAUUUAUUCUGCCUCAAAGCAAAUAAGUGCGGCAAUAUCACCAGAUCAGAACUCCCAUGCCUUCAAGGAAGUGGCUAUCAUAAGGCAUCCACGUGUUGGAGAGUAUGCAUUCGCCUUCAUCACAUCAUCGGUGAUCCUCCAAAGGAGUGACGGGGAAGAGGAGCUCUACUGUGUUUACGUACCCUCAAACCACUUAUAUGUUGGAGAUGUUUUCCUCGUCAGCUCAAAGGAUAUUAUGAGGCCAAAUUUAUCUGUACGAGAAGGGAUUGAAAUUGUAAUUUCUGUGGGAAUGUCAAUACCUCAAAUAAUAACUACAGUGGAUGCAAAAGCCAUUCAGCCUGCAAGAGUUGGCAGGAGCCCGAAAUUCACGAUUGCAAAAGUCUAAGGGGAAUCUGUAAAUAACGAACCUUCUUUUAUUGAUUUUUAACCUCUAGGAAACAUUGGAUGUUGGUCA